AUGCCUAGUGCCUCGGCCGAAAAAUCAGUUCGUUUUAGCCUCGAUGAUGUAGACUUAGAGGACGAGAACGACGAUAUGGAAGAGACCGAUGGUGAAGGUGUUUCUACUCCGCUGCAAUCACCACCUCCCAUUACACCCACUCCAUCGCCUACAUUUUCAGAAUCAACGCUAGACUCAAGCAUUGGACCUCUCACUCCUCCCCCGGGUCAUCCGUUUCCAGGACCGUCUGGGUCAAGACAUUUUUCUGUCAGAGAACCAUCGGCGCUCAAUACUUCAGCGAUGCCCAAACUCAAUCCGGUUCUCGUAUCCGCUCACCCAAUGCAAUGGGAUAUGAAUGAAAAACCGGAUAAAUUAAUCAGCCUUCUUCGAGAUAAUGGAGGUGACGACCCUGUUGGAACGUUGCCCUCUGGCGAACCCAUUCGCCAAAUGCAAGUGGUACACGACGAUCUCGCAGACUGGCCACUUCUAAUCUCAGAUACGGAAGAGCUAAAAGUCAAGCAAGUGCUAUUGGCUAUCCAUAAUCACCUUCAAAAGAAGGUUACUGGUGAAUCGUAUCACAGCAGAAAACGAAGUGAGCAGAUGUCCAUUUCUGAGAGAUAUAGGGAGAGAGCUCUGUCGAUCCCAAUCGGAUCACCUGAGGUCGGUCUUCGAAGAAUCGAUUUCCUGCCAGGGAGGAUGUACGUCGGACUGAAAGUCAAGUCUGGGACAGACGGACACUGGGACUUCAUUCUCAGCGUGACAAAUCAGGAAUAA